AUGACACCACCACCGUCGGAGCAACAAGCCGUCCAAGACGAGAUAGCCGAUCUCGAAAGACGGCUACACGAUGCAAAAGCCAGACUGAAUCAGGACAGUGUCGCAGCGACACCUUCAACCCCCGCGAAUGACGCAGCCCUCCACGCGCUCCUCCUCCUCGCCGACUCCGCGCUCCCACUAGGUUCCUUCGCCUUCAGCUCAGGCCUAGAAUCCUAUCUCGCGCACCACAAACCCUCGCCGCCGUCGGCAUCACAGUUACCCGCGUUCCACACCUUCCUCCGCCUAUCGCUCUCAACGCUCGCAAGCACAUCGCUGCCCUACGUGCUAGCCGGGUACCGCACGCCGCAAGCCAUCGAGACACUGGAUAAUGAUUUUGACGCGAGUACACCGUGUACUGUUGCGCGACGGGCGAGCAUAGCACAGGGUCGCGCGUUGCUGGCGGUUUGGGAUCGUAGUUUUAGGACGCAGUAUAACGGGCCUAAGGCGACGGUGGAGGAGUAUGCUGAGAAUAGGGGGAUGGGCAGUGAAGUCGCGGUUAAAGCACUCACGGCGUUUUCUGCUGCACUGCGCACUUCAGAGCAUAUCAACGUGCAUCUUGCGCCGCUUUGGGGUCUCAUCACGAGUAUCCUGGCUGUUCCGCUGCAACAGGCUGCGUACUUGUUCCUCUUUUCACAUGCGCGCACUGUGGUUAGUGCGGCUGUGAGAGCGAGCGUUAUGGGUCCGUAUCAGGCGCAGGCGGUUCUUGCGAGCGCGGAGCUGCAGGAUAGGAUUAGGGGGCUGGUGGAUGAGGGUUGGGAUAGGGCGGUGGAGGAUGCGGGGCAGAGUGUGCCGGUUAUGGAUCUUUGGGUGGGGAGACAUGAGAAGUUGUAUUCGAGGAUAUUCAACUCGUGA